AUGUUGACCCUCGGCAGUAUACUGUACAUCGCCCUCCUUCUCAUCAAUGCCAUGGCCGUACUGAGCGAGGACCGAUUUCUUGCAAGGAUUGGCUGGUCCUCGGCACCACCGCAGAAUGUGAAUGCUGGCUUUCAGCAACCUUACGACCAAACAGGGGGUUUCGGUGGAGGGCAGGAUGUUGGCGUGAAAGCGCGCAUAAUCAAUCUCAUUGGUGCAGUUCGAACGCUCAUGCGCAUACCACUGAUAGGACUAAAUCUUGUCGUUAUCAUAUAUGAACUCAUCCUCGGGGGCUAA